UACGAGACGAAAUUGCGGCAUUGAUUUUCUUCACAAUCUUCUUCUCUUCUUCUAGAUUCCGACUCGCCGUGUUGACUCGGUCCGGGUCGGGGUUUAACCGCGCAAAACUCACUUCUCAAUCUCGAUUUUCAAAUUCUCACACAGAUCCAAAUCCUCUACUACCGAGGAAAACAAAGGACUUAUCACAAUGAAGGCAUUGAUUCUGGUUGGGGGGUUUGGAACUAGGUUGAGGCCAUUGACACUCAGUGUUCCUAAGCCUCUUGUUGAUUUUGCUAACAAACCCAUGAUUCUGCAUCAGAUAGAGGCUCUUAAGGCGACUGGAGUCACUGAAGUGGUACUGGCCAUUAAUUACCAACCAGAGGUUAUGUUGAAUUUCUUGAAGGAUUUUGAAGCAAAGCUUGGCAUCACGAUUAGUUGUUCCCAAGAAACUGAACCAUUAGGAACUGCAGGGCCCCUGGCUCUUGCUAGGGACAAGCUGAUAGAUGACUCUGGAGAGCCAUUUUUUGUUCUUAACAGUGAUGUUAUAAGUGACUACCCACUUAAAGAAAUGAUUGAAUUCCACAAAUCCCAUGGAGGGGAAGCUUCCAUAAUGGUAACAAAGGUUGAUGAGCCAUCAAAAUAUGGUGUGGUUGUUAUGGAGGAGACAACAGGGCAGGUUGAGAAAUUUGUUGAAAAACCAAAGUUGUUUGUUGGUAACAAAAUCAAUGCUGGAAUUUACCUAUUGAACCCCUCUGUUUUGGAUCGAAUUGAACUGAGGCCCACUUCUAUCGAAAAAGAAAUUUUUCCAAAGAUCGCUGCAGAGAAAAAGCUAUAUGCAAUGGUCCUGCCUGGAUUCUGGAUGGACAUCGGACAACCUAGGGACUAUAUCACUGGCUUGAGGCUUUACCUGGACUCACUGAGGAAGAAGUCUUCUUCUAAGUUGGCCGGUGGAUCUAACAUUGUGGGGAACGUUAUUGUGGACGAAACAGCCAAAAUUGGUGAGGGAUGUCUCAUUGGACCUGAUGUUGCUAUCGGUCCUGGCUGCAUUGUUGAGUCUGGUGUUAGGCUUUCGCGCUGCACAGUAAUGCGAGGAGUCCGGAUCAAGAAACAUGCUUGCAUUUCCAGCAGUAUUAUUGGGUGGCAUUCCACUGUCGGGCAAUGGGCUCGAGUGGAGAAUAUGACUAUCCUUGGAGAAGAUGUUCAUGUUUGUGAUGAGAUUUACAGCAAUGGUGGUGUGGUUUUACCCCACAAGGAGAUUAAGACAAAUAUUCUGAAGCCAGAGAUUGUCAUGUGAGGUCUAUGUUGCUCAGCAUGUGGUAAGGAGGAGGUAGUAACUUAUUGAGUCCGAAAAUGUUUGUUCUUUUCAAUUAAUUUUUUCUAUAUCCCAUUGCUUUCCUUUCUCCCUACAGUGUACAAGUCAGUUUUGGAUUAGAUUGAGUGAUGCCAUUACAAUAUUGAAAGGUCAUAAUCCUUGUAAAGGGCAUCGGUUUGGUCUUUUGUGCAAAAGUUGUGUAAUUUUAAGUUAUGUAUAGAAAUAAAUUAUCAAUUAGUUGUUUCCAUCAAGUCUUUGCAACUCAUUAGCAAGAUGGCAAGAAUGUAGUUCUAUUUACUUUAAUUGGGCAAUAUAAUAUAAUUCAUGAAUGGUUGUUUUACAAA